UCAUCUCGUCCAUCAGAAGAAUACACAUCUUGUGACACGCGAGUAAUAAAGUACUGUAAGAAAUUACUGUAAGAUUUAUUGAAUAAAAUUGGUUUUUUAUAAAGUGACAAUUCUCGCGAAUCUUACAUACAAAAGUGCAGAAUUUAUUGCCACAAAAUUAGGCAUUAAUGAAGAUUAGCAUUUUAUACAUGGUUACUGGAGAAAGAAGAAAUCCGGUUUUCUGAAAAAUAUUUUAUACAUUCGCUAUGGUAUUUGCGGAAUUAAUCGGAGCUUUUAUCGUUGCCCUGAGCAUCCUGUAUAUUUAUUAUAAGUUUGUAAUAUUCAAUUUCUGGCGCAAGAGAGGUGUUUUUUACGUCGAACCCGUGGUACCGACAGGGAAUGUAACAGCUGUCGUAACAGGAAAAGUGCAAACAGGCGUAUUUUUGCACGAUGCUUACAUGAAAUAUAAGGAACAUCGCGCUUUUGGAAUGUAUAUAUUUUUUAAACCAAAUUUGAUAAUCGCUGAUCCUGAUCUUAUUCAAACGGUGCUAACAAAGGAAUUUGGAAGUUUCCAUGAUCGUGGAAUGUAUCACAACGAACAGGUCGAUCCAUUGUCCAACAAUUUGUUUUUUAUGCCUGGAAAAAAAUGGCGAAAUAUGCGUGUUAAGUUGACACCCACUUUUACUUCGGGAAAACUAAAGCAGAUUUUCCCUAUUCUGAAGGAGAUUGGCAAUGUAUUUGCAAAGCAAUUAGAGAGCAAAGCACAAAUGAAAGAUUCCGUCGAGAUGAAAGACAUGUUUAUAAGAUAUUCAAUAGACGUAAUCAUGUCAACGGCUUUUGGAAUCGAAUCUAAUUGUAUUAAGGAACCAAAUAACGAAUACAAAAUCCAAGGAAAAAAAAUGUUUGUAAUGAAUCCAAUUUGGAUUGCACUUUUUCUGUUUGCACCACAAAUAAUGGAUUUUUUUUCUAUCCCCCUCACACACCGACAUGUCACCAAAUUUUAUAUGAAUAUGUUCCGAAAGAGUGUGGAAUAUCGACAAGCUAAUAAAAUUGUCAGACACGACUUUAUGAAUUUGCUUAUACAACUCAUGGAGAGAGGCUACAUUGAUCCUGAUGAUAACAAGGAGACUACCAAUAUGUCACAAUGA